GCUUUUUAUAGUACACAUGGGUGAUGGUAUUGCAGAAAUAUGUGACUCGAUGCUGGACAAACAUGGGUUGUUAACUGGAAGUGGUCUUGUGAAAAUGGUGAUGGAGAAGCUUGAUUACUUACUUGCUGACCAAAUAGUCGAGAAACUGGGGCCUUCUUUUUCAUUCACCUGUUUUCAGGUUCAGACAAAUGUUGGAGUUCUUCAACAAUCAAAUGGAUAUGACUGUGGCAUCCAUGUCAUUAACCGGAUUGAGGGUCGUCACGAGGUCUAUUUCAAACACUCCAGUGUAAGUGUCUUUUAUAUAUGUCGAAGAGGGUUUAAUUCUACGAAUGAGAGGAUACGUAUUGCUCUUGAGCAGGUGACUUCUACGCACAACAAAAUUUGGGGUAAUGUUCAGCUUGCUUUCGAUGUGUGGAAGAAGACGAAGAACUAG